AGUCCCAUCACUCGCAGGCUGGUACGCAGGAGGUGUGGACUUUCUCACUUGCAGAGGUGAUUCGCUCUCACUCCGCAAACUCCGGCUGCUGUUCUCUGCUCUCCUCUCAGAACCAGACUGGAUCCAGCGACCAUGUGUGACUUCUCCUGAGAGGACGGGACGCGUGCGCUCUAGCAUGGAUGGAUGCAUGACUGUGGAAUAAUACCGUCAGCUGAGGAGCUUUUUUGCGUGGAAAUCAUUCAUCUGGAUCUUUAAAUGGUUUAGCGGGGUGUCGAGGACGGAGUAAGCAGAGCUGUUCACCCUUGGCUCGUCACCUGCUAUGCUGGUGCUUUGGAGCAGAAUACCUGGUGGAAGGUGUGCAGCUGGAUCCCGCCGGGGAGGACAGGGGAACUGAGAAAAAAGAACCUUCAUCGCUUCUUUCGUUUAGUUUUCAAUCCAAACAGCGGCCAAUGUUCGUGUAAUGAGGACAGAGAAUGGAUAUAAUUUGGGAAAUACUAAUCCUCCUUCAAACCAAUUGGAUUGUCUGCAUAUCAGCACAACCGAAUCUGCCAAAGAUUCACGAGGGAUGGUGGGCGUACAAGGAGGUGGUGCAGGGGAGCUUUGUUCCUGUGCCGUCGUUCUGGGGACUGGUAAACUCGGCCUGGAACCUGUGCUCUGUGGGGAAGCGGCAGUCCCCGGUCAAUAUCGAGACCAGUCACAUGAUCUUUGACCCUUUCCUUACGCCUAUGAAGCUGAACACGGGCGGACACAAGGUCGGUGGCACGAUGUACAACACAGGCCGCCAUGUCUCUCUGCGACUGGACAAGGAGCAUCUGGUGAACAUCUCUGGGGGCCCGAUGACGUACAGCCAUCGUCUGGAGGAGAUCCGGCUACACUUUGGCAGCGAGGACGGUCAGGGCUCUGAACACCUGCUGAAUGGACAGGCGUUCUCUGGAGAGGUUCAACUGAUCCACUACAAUCAUGAGCUGUAUACAAAUUACACGGAAGCUGCUAAGAGCCCCAACGGUCUGGUGAUAGUGUCCAUAUUCAUGAAGAUUGCUGAGACGUCAAAUUCAUUCCUGAAUCGAAUGCUGAAUAGAGACACAAUUACAAGAAUAACAUAUAAAAACGAUGCAUAUCUCCUGACAGGCCUGAACAUUGAGGAAAUUUACCCUGAGACCAGUAGCUUCAUCACGUACGACGGAUCGAUGACCAUCCCGCCAUGUUUUGAGACGGCCACAUGGAUCCUGAUGAACAAACCGGUGUAUCUCACCCGCAUGCAGAUGCACUCCCUGCGGCUGCUGAGCCAGAACCAGCCAUCUCAGAUCUUUCUGAGCAUGAGCGACAACGUUCGCCCCAUCCAACCGCUGAACAACCGCUGCAUUCGUACCAACAUUAACUUCAGCAUGCAAGGCAAAGAUUGCCCCAAUAAUCGGGCCCAGAAGCUGCAGUACCGAGUGAACGAGUGGUUGUUGAAGUAGCCCCCCGUUGGACGUGCGCAUGUUGGAACGAGGCACCACCAUGGAAUAGCAGAAUGUCUUGGAACCGGGCUUUAAGCUGCAUCUCAUUUAAGAUUAUUUCAUCGCAUUGUAAAAAGGACAAAUGACUCUGAACUCAGAAACGGAACUUUGUGUCAUCAAGCAAAGAGACCCUUGUUUUCAUACACUAAAAACCUCCCCUCCUAACCCCACCUCUCACAUGCUUAACAAGCCCCCACUGUACGCAUACAUCUAUAGAGACAUUUUGAUACCAGUUUUGGGGGAAGUACGAAGGUAAGAUGCAAAAGAAAAAAAGAAAAACACAAGGAAGCAUUUAUGUGAGCCUCUUAACCGGAGAAUGGUGGACUAAAAAGUCUGUAAAUAAAGAUGUUGCUGUUAUUUGAAAAUCCAAGAUUUACGUCACUGCCUGCAACAUGAUGGUUCACGAACGGAGGUCAACGGAGGACAUUCCACCACAACCAAGGAGUUCAGCAGGAUGGAAUAACGGCCUUAUACCCCGUCAUUUUCCAAAAGUCAUGUCAUGGGAAGCCAAUAUUUAAAAGCCUCCCACAGCCUUGUGGCUUUAUCUCAUUUGUACAUAUCCUAAUUAUUAAUACUAAAGAGAAAUGUAAAGAAAAGACAUGGAUUAUCAUUCAAAAGAUAUAUUAAGAGGAGUUUUAAAAAAAUAAUUUUGAACAGCUUGGUACACUUUUGGAACGGUUCUGUCUGAGCUGAUGCCUUUUCUUCUGUUUUAUGGUCAUACACUGUGUUUCGGUAUUUGUCAUCAGCCCAAUAAAUGUGUCUGGAAAGUUCACUUUAACAAUGCUUCACCUAUAUGAGGAAAUUACUGUAUCUGUACUUGUUUUGUACCUUCCCAUAUUAAAUGUGUUGAAACGUUAAAGCUCAUGACCGUAUUGAUGGACACGUUCAGGAUCAGGAUUUCUGCCACUGUCAUGAUUGUUGCAGGGUUUCAAGAG